AUGAUUAAUAACACAACAUUGAGCUUAUAAAAAAAACGAGAGUUAUUCGCUUUGAAUGUUAAACGUAUUGACAGAGAAACUCUAUUUUAAAAUAAUAGAAAAAAAAUGAUGUAACAAAAUACUAAUGAUAUUGAAAUUGAUAAAACUCUUCAUCUUUUGAAUGGUGCAAUAACAAUUUAUAAUAAAAAGGAUAUUAAAAAUUACUUUAAACAAAUAAACGAAUUUAAUAACUUUAAUUAAGAAUAAGAAAUAAAAUUAGUUGAAUUGAUUGAAACACUUCUUAAGUUAAAAGUUGAAGAUGAUAAUUCUGCUUUGCACAAUGAAUGCUUAAAUAUUUUAGUAAAAUUAAGUUUGUUUAGUAAUUCAACAUAAGAAUUGUUUAAAAUACUUACAAUACUUUAUAAAUUGAUAGAUAAGUACAACAACCAUAUUAAUUAAGCACUUUCAUACUAAAUUUUAGAUAAAAUACUUGCAUUUAUUGGUAUUAAUAUAUAUAUCUAUAAUAAUUAGGUAAUAUAUCAUGUAAUAAUGGAUUUAUUAGCGCAUUUUCAGCAAAUUUAAUAGAAAUCUUAUAAAAUUAGAUAAUUUUUGGAUAAAAAAGAUUAUUAUUUUAAGCAUUAUGGGCUUUGAAUAAUAUUUUAUAUGCAAUUCACAAUGAAACUACUUUGUUAAAUUCAAUAUUGAUAAAGAUAGGUUAAUCUGAAUUACCUCAAUACUUAAUAUAAUAUGUUAAGAAAAAUGAAAGUAAGUUUGAUAAAAAUUAAUUGAUUUAAAUAUAUUGGUUAUAUGCAGAAUUAUCAUAGAUUAUACCCUGUGAUAUUGCAUAAUUAUAAGUGAAACAAACAGAUAGUUAAGAAAUAUAAUUAAUAAUCUUAUUCAUCUAUGCUAAUUUAACAGGAUAGUAAAUCAUUCCUAAAAAUUGUAAUGUUAAUUAGCUUUUCAAUAUGAUUCCAGUUUCAAGUUCUUUAAUUUAACGAUAACUUUUAGUUAUUAUUUCUAAUUUAGUUCUAUUGACAGAAAUUGAUUAAGAAGCAUUAAAGAAUUUAAUUUAUUAUGCAUUUCCUAUUUGUCCUGUAAUCCUUGUAUUUAUUUUUAGAUAGACACAAUGUUUUUGCUACAUAAUUGUUAAUUAAAAUACAAUUUAUAAUUAGGUUCGAAUGAAAAAAGCACUAUUUUAAGAAUUAUUGAUGAGCUUUAAUAGGAUUAAUUAAUUCAAGAUUUAGUAAAGCAAUUAAAAUUAAAUAAUUGA